GGAAAGUUAGUACGGCUCGCUGAGUUGAAUUGUGUGACGCGCGAAGAGCAGAGGUAGACGCAAGCAGUCCGGGGUCUCGUUGGGUGUGGUGCCGUUGUCAGUGUUUUUAAUUUGCCUUUAUUGAUCACGCAUAAUUUUGAAUAGUUGGUUUGAAUUUGGAUGUUUGAUCGAACUGAAGGCGUUUCGAGGCGGUUUCCGGCAGUUUUCAGAUAGUGCAGUGUUGGUGCAUUGGCGAGAAGGUGAAGAGAAAUCGAAAGACUUGGAGGCUCCCCUAGAAAACAGCAAACAUGACUAACACAACGCAACAGCUAUUUAGCAUAAUUAGUAUCGUAAUCGUGGGGAUGUUAUUUGCGCCCUUGCCGUGUUCCGCCCAGCGAACGCCAACGAUUUCACAUAUAACGCAAGAACAAAUAAAAGAUAUCGGAAGCACUGUAGAGUUGGAGUGCUCCGUACAAUAUGCUAAGGACUACUCGGUGCUGUGGAUCAAGGCGGGUGACAAGCCUGUUUUCCUGUCCACGGGCAGCACGCUGGUAAUCAAGGAUUCGCGCUUCUCGCUCCGCCACGACCCCAACUCGUCGACGUUCAAGCUGCAGAUCAAGGACAUCCAGGAAACGGACGCCGGGGUCUAUCAGUGCCAAGUUGUGAUUUCGGUAGUCACCUCAGUUACAGGUGAUGUGAAAUUAUCGGUGCGGCGACCACCUGUUAUCUCGGACAACUCGACGCAGUCGCUGGUGGUGACGGAGGGAAGCUCUGUGCAGAUGGAGUGCUAUGCGGGAGGAUACCCAACGCCGACGAUCUCUUGGCGUCGUGAGAAUAACGCCAUUUUACCAACAGAUAGUGCAACCUACGUGGGCAACAUUUUGAAGAUCAAUUCGGUGAAAAAAGAACAUCGUGGAACAUAUUAUUGCGUUGCUGAUAACGGUGUGAGCAAGGGAGAUAGACGUAAUAUCAACUUGGAAGUGGAGUUCGCUCCGGUAGUAUCGAUCCCACGUCCACGCCUUGGACAAGCACUCCAAUACGACAUGGAUCUUGAAUGUCACAUUGAAGCAUAUCCGCCACCAGCAGUGGUUUGGACUAAAGACGACAUUGUCCUUUCAAAUAACCAGCACUACGCCAUCUCACAUUUUGCAACCGCGGACGAGUUCACAGAUUCAACACUACGAGUGAUUACUAUCGAAAAGCGACAGUAUGGCGACUAUGUCUGCAAGGCUGUUAACAAAUUGGGUCAGGCGGAAGCAAAAGUAAAUCUUUUCGAAACAGUCGUUCCAGUAUGGCCACCGGCUUGUGGUCAAGCAUAUUUUGGAGGCGCUGGAUAUUUAGCGGCAUCAUCGAUAAUUUUAGCGGCUGUUAUUUUAGCGAGCAUGUUUAGUAGUUGAGUACAAAAAUGGAAGACAUAUCUAAUCUUUAGGGAUAAGAUUGGCUUUGUGAAUAUUUAAAAAUCUAAAGUUAACGAUAAAAUUCCGUCCCGAACGUCAUUCUAACUGAUCGAAUCUCUUCAUGCUGAAAGACAUCACACAUUCCCAUUUUUAAACAUAAAGUGACUACUUAAAUCUAAUCAUAUAAUCUUAAAAAGUAGAAUAUCAUUUGGGGCAUUCGAAUUGGUCAAUCACUGGAACUCGGGUGAGUUCGAACGUUUUCUAAAAUUUCAUGUUCUUAAUUAUACACAUUAUAAUUUGAAAGAAGCACUGAGAAGUGUAAAGAUUUUAUAAAAUACGGGGUUCAUGAACCAGCUCGUAUAAAAUUUCGGGAAAAAUUUUCUAACGAGUUCAUCAAAUUCGGCUAAUUCUAAUUCGUUUUUAUUGAUAUGAACACUAGGCUCCACCGAUAAAGAAAUAGUGUAUGCUUAUAAAUAAAUGUAUAUUUGUCCAAGCUGGCUGUCUCUACUAGUAGAACGAUUCAAACGAUAUAUAACAUAGCAUCACAAAUUUAAAAAAUAUAUUCGUAAACUCGUUCUGCGUUUCAGGAAACCAUUUUGAAUGCGCCGCAAACAUAUAUUGCCUUAGUCAGCCACAAUACGAAUCGAUUUCAGCUUAUAAUAUUUUCAUAGUCUGAACAGUUUUGAACGAAUACUGUGAGCACAUUUUGUGCGCAAGCCUUAAAAAUUCCACUAGAAUUGAUAUUUUGCAUUAUUUAUCGGAAGAAAGUAUGAAUAUAAAUUUUGUGAUUGAAAAUUGUUACUAUAUCGUUACUAUUAAGAUGAAAAGGAAAUAUCACAAAAACAAAUUACGUAACAAAUUCUUAUUUUCUUCAAAUUCGAGAAAUAAAAGCAUUCCGUAGUUGAAUUUCUUAAUCUCUUAAGAGAAAUCCAACAAAUUCGCUUUAUUAUAAGAUUCUUUUUAACUGUAAAGCAAUAAUUGUAGAUUUUUUCUAAAAAUAAAAAUUUGUAGUACAAA